CAAAAAAAAUCAGCUGCGCGUCGAUACGUAACGGAAUAAAAACACAAAUGGCUUUUUAGUGGAAAAAAAAAGACAAUCCUACCUUGAAAAUUACUUUUAUCCUUAAAUAAAGGAAGAAAAACGUAACGCAAACUCAAGGCACAAUUACUUAAUAAAGUUAAAUCCAGGAAAAAAACAAUAAAAACAUGUCCAACUUACAGAGAACCAUGUUGAAAGGUCGUUUGCCACCCACCAUACCCAGCAGUCGCAUAGGAAGAAGCGAUUCAUUUAAAAAGUCACGAGUUCGUGAUUUUAAACCCUCUUUGUGGAGUGAAUUCUUUGACGAAAAGGAUGACGUAGUUGUGGAUGAGAAACGUACUUUUCGCAUCUAUCGCACAAAGCAACCGGAAAAGCCGGGACCAGUUUUACUGCUACUACACGGUGGUGGUUAUUCGGGUCUAACAUGGGCUCAUUUUUGUAUGGAGAUUACCAAUAUGAUACAUUGCCAAUGUUUAUCCAUUGAUUUACGUGGUCAUGGCGAUACUCAAACGGAUGAUGAAGAUGAUUUGUCGGCCGAUACUUUGGCCAAAGAUAUUGGUGAUCUAUUGUUAAAAAUUUACCCAGCUAAUAUGCCUCCCAUUUACAUAGUGGGUCAUUCAAUGGGUGGUGCUAUUGCGGUACAUUUCGCCAGUAUGGAAUUGAUAUCAAAUAUAAUUGGUAUCACAGUCAUCGAUGUGGUAGAAGGAACAGCUAUGGAGGCCUUAGCCAGCAUGCAAAGUUUUUUAAGAUCUCGACCCCAGUACUUUAAAAGUAUACCGAAUGCCAUUGAGUGGUGUAUACGCAGUGGACAAAUACGUAAUUUAGACAGUGCCAAAAUCUCAAUGCCAGGACAAAUUAUUAAUUGUACAACGAAAAAAUUAGCCACAAAUGAAUUACCACUUGCUGAGGAUGAUGAAGAGACUGAAGCUGCUGGUACCACUAAAUAUAUACAUCCCUUUAGUAUUUCUGAAGAUGAGGAAGUAACGGGUGAAACUACACCCACUGAGGUUAAUAAAAAAGAAUUGGAUUUUAAAAAACCCUUAGCUUCCCAUGAUGAAAAUAAUAAAAAAUACACCUGGCGCAUUGAUUUGUCUAAAUCGGAAAAAUACUGGAUUGGUUGGUUCUCGGGUUUGAGUGAGAAAUUCCUAAACUUACGUCUACCCAAGCAAUUGCUUUUGGCCAGCAUUGAUGGCCUGGACAAAGCCCUAACUGUUGGCCAAAUGCAAGGACGCUUUCAAAUGCAAGUUUUGGCCCGCUGUGGUCAUGCUGUCCAUGAGGAUCGUCCCCAUGAAGUGGCCGAAGUGCUAAGUGGUUAUUUGAUUAGAAAUCGUUGUGCCGAGGCUGCUGGUGAUUUUCGCUGCCAUUUGCCAGCUUGUUAAACAAACAAUUAAAGUUGUUAAGUAACAUACAAUAUUUCUUUUGUCAAAUCAAUUCAUUUUCCCCUCCGUAGAUGCAUGCCAAUUUGUGGGAUGGUGUAAAAGCAUGCAUAACAUUAUUUCAUUAUAAAUACUUUUUAACACAUGCAUCGUUCAGUAUGUACAUUGGAACAUUUUCAAUUGUGUAUUUAAUUAAAAAAAAAACGCAUUAACAAAUACAUUUCUUUAAUUUAUUGUGCAUCAAAAAAAUUAAAAGAAAAAAUAACAUUUAUAUUUCACAAAAAGGUAAAAAUCUAUUUAUUAAAAGGAAAUCAAAGAAAACUAUUAUUCAAAAUUAUAAUAACAAUUUAAUUAAUUUUGCGUUAAACAUCGUUUUGCUUCAAAUUAAUAAAGAAAAACUUCAAAAAGAAUUCAGCAAAA